CUUGUUCACUGUGAUGAAUAGUGCACAACAUAUAUUUUGACUUGGUUACAUGUAUUUUUAGAAUGCAGUUUAGUCGUAGCGCCGGUUUGCUUCCCCUGUUUCCUGAUCAUGUUGCGACACACACGGAAGUCAGUUUCUGUUGAACUCUGACUGGUGUUGCGAACACUUCGAAAAAGCGACGUCCCGAGAGGCAAGCAACAUGCCCGAGCUGACCGCAAUCGUGGAUAGCGAGGUGAUCACAGCCUACGCCACCUACGUGGUGAUCGUCGUCCUGAAGAUGAUGCUCAUGGCGCCGCUGACGUCAUACUACCGGAUGAAGAAGAAGGUGUUUGCAAACUUGGAAGACACCAAGUUAGCCCAUCCGGUGGAGGAGCCAAAGUUUGUGCGCGUGGAUCCUGACGUCGAGCGCGUACGGAGGUGCCACCAGAACGACCUGGAGAACGUGGUUCCCUUCGUGCUCGUCGGGCUCCUCUACUCGCUGACGGGGCCCGACGCGGCCACGGCCAUCACCUACUUCAGGGUGUUCGCCGCCUCGCGCCUCUGCCACACCGUGGCCUACGUCCUGCCCCUGCCCCAGCCCAGCCGGGCGCUGUCAUGGCUGACCGGGCUGGUGGUCACCUGCUGCAUGGCCUACCGCGUGCUCCUGCAUAACUUCCGCUUGUAGGAAUAAAAACAUGGAGGCUGGAGUGUGUACUCGCGGGGCGGAUGUUUCGUCUGGAAGAGGGGUUAUGAUUGUUUUAAAUUGUUUCCUAGUGUGAACGCUGAAUCACCGCAGCAGAUCGUAAGAAAGAGUAAGUGGUCGUUCGUGUCUUUAAUUUUGUGUCGUGAUUAGGACGUUCUCGUUCCAAGUGUGACCCCGCCUCCUUUAUGAGCGCAUUAAACAAACCCAUUUAAAAAUCAUUUCAACUUUAACAGUGCACUUGCCAAAGUCCUGUCUGAAUCGUUUAGAAUGAUUUAUUUUCAUGUAUUAAAUGUGGUCCCUGUUUUGUCGACUGGUGUAGUGAAUGAAUUGCAUUGUUUGUUUUUUGCACCAACCGCCGAAUGUGCUUAGAAUGAGUAACACAAUCUCUCUGGCAGAACAUGAAGGGCCCAAACGAUGGCCUUGGGAUUUGGAGUACGGUUUUUGUUCUUUCUGCAGCGGCCUUUCUUACUAAUUUGCAAUCCGUUUAUAUGUGACAAAAGUUUUCGCAGGCUUUGACCUUUACUUUCAAUUGGCAGAGGUCGACGCGAGGCGUUCCUCGACUCUCGGGCCCUGAAGGGAAUUUAUUAGGCCACUAGAGGGAGCCCUUUUAAAAGUCAACUGGAUGCGCCGUCAUUACGGCUCCUUUAUGGACCAGGUGCAGCUCAUAAACACGCCUCGGAUCCAGCAAUUAACUUGAUUAGUUUUGUAGGAAAACGUUCCUGGGCAUAUAGCACAAUGCCGCUUUUACUCCAUUACCGAGUAAGCCGAGCAUAUGUGGUUUUAGAAAACACUGCAAAGCCCAUUUUGUUUUUCAGGGGGGUUAUGCUAAUGCAAGAUAGGCUUACGCUAUAUAUUUAUCCACUGUGAGCCACAUUGUUUGAUCUAAUUGUUUUAUAUUUAGAAAUUAAACAAAGCGAAACACGUUCA